CCUUGCGAACGGCGACGCCAUUGGCCGGCGCCGGCGGAAGUGCCCCGCACGGGGCGGACAUGUACUUCCGGCGGCCGGGACGGCGGAGACGAGCGGAGCGGUGGAGCUAGCUUCAGCCCCGCCUCCCUGGCCCAGCGAGCAUGGGGGAGAAGGCGGAGAACUGUGAGGCCCCCGAGGAGCUGCUCAAUGGCCUGAAAGUCACCGAGCCCCUGGGAGCAGAGGGUGCUGGCGCUGCGGGGUCCCCGGGCUCGGACGACGAGCAGGGAGAGGAGGAGCAUUUCCACGCCUGCAGGUCGUCCUUCGAGGACGAGGAGCCCGGAGCGGGCAAGGUGGAGGGUAAAGCUGAGGGGGAUGCCAGCCCCGCGGAACUGGACGACGAGUACUUGCUGGAGCUGGAGAAGGACAUGCCGCAGGAGGAGAAACAGAAAAGAAGAGAGGAGAGCACGCGGCUAAAGGAGCAGGGAAACGAGCAGUUCAGGAAAGCAGAUUACCUAGAGGCUGAAAAUUCUUACAGCCAGGCCCUCCAGACGUGCCCCUGCUGCUUCCAGCAAGAGAGGUCUGUCUUGUUCUCCAACCGCGCUGCCGCCAGGAUGAAGCAGGACAAGAAAGAGGCGGCCAUCAGUGACUGCAGCAAAGCCAUCCAGCUAAACCCCAGCUACAUCAGAGCGAUCCUGAGGCGGGCAGAGCUGUACGAGAAAGCCGACAAGCUCGACGAGGCGCUGGAAGACUACAAGGCCGUGCUCGAGAGGGACCCCUCGGUGGCCCAGGCCAGGGAAGCCUGCAUGAGACUGCCUCGGCAAAUCGAAGAGCGGAAUGAGCGGCUGAAGGAGGAGAUGCUGGGUAAACUGAAAGACCUCGGGAACUUGGUUCUCCGGCCCUUUGGACUCUCCACAGAAAAUUUCCAGAUCAAACAGGAUUCCUCCACGGGUUCCUACUCCAUCAACUUUGUGCAAAACCCCAAUAAUAACAGAUAGCAGAGACCAUGCCGGGCCUGAAGCGGGCUUGGGAGCUGUGUGCUGCUCGCUGUGUGCCGGGGGCCGGGCCCUGCUCGUGUGUCCUUGUCCAAGCGUCCUCUGCAGAGCCCAGGCCCCCGGGGCCGUGGGGGGGGGGGGGGGGCCAGGCCUCCCGAUGCCAUGAGACUCACUGAUGCCUCUCGAGGCGGUGUCUGUGCUGUCGUCCCCGUGACCCCCCUUGUGCUGCCCGGGACCACCUUUCGCCCAGCCAGAGCCCCCCACCCCCGGCAGCUCUGCUGGCCGGGAGAGGCUCCGGCAGGAUCCAGCUCGUGGGCCGCCCGCCUGCUGCCCUGUCCCUCAGCACGUGUCCCCGGGCCGCCGUGUGGCUCCGGUGGCGCCCGACUCUGCUGUGGUAAUAAACGCUUUCUCUGAUGGUCUGGG